UGCCACACCGCGCAAUGAGCAGCGGCAACAAGGGACCAGGACACGGAGCCAGCAGUGGACAGCGACCCCCUGCUCAUGCUGGUGCUGGUGCUGCUGCUGCUGGUGCUGGAUCAGCUCGCUACACUGGAGGAGGCGCCCAGACACACAACCACCCUGCUCACGGGCAGCAGCGCGAUCAGGCUUGGGGACAGCGUCGUGAUGGUCCUGCUACUAGUGGCCAGUCGUCCUACACUCCUGGUGGAGCCGCGGCAGGUGCUCAAGCUCGUUACGCUGGCGGAGCCCAGACGUACCAAGGCGGUGCGCAUCGUGGAGGCGCUCAAGGGCAGACUUUCGGCGGGCGUCGCGACGGCCCUCCAGGUGGCCAGUCUCAGCGCGGACGAGACCACACUGCUCAGAGCUCUGACACAAACAAUGCACGCAUUCCCGCUGCCGCCAUCGCUGCUGCUGCUGCUACUCCUGCUGCUGCUGCUGCUGCUGCUGCUGCUACUCCUGCUGCUGCUACAGAGAGCACCGACCUCGAUCGCUCUGCCAAAGGCGUCCGCAAGCAUGACUCGCGCGCUCUGCGUGAACGCCAACUGCGGGACGAAGACGAUGAAAAUGACAACGACGAGUAUGUCAGGGAGGAGGACGAGGAUGAGGACAUGGAAAAUGAGGAUGCAGGACCCAAUCGGAGGUACCGAGGCGAUCUGAUUGGCGACACGCUGCUGCCUGGAAGCAUCCGCGUCCACGGGAAGGAGGAACGGCCCAAGAUCGUUGGGACCAAGACCCAACGCAUGCAUCACAUGAACAAACAGCAACGCGUGCAGGCUGCCCAGGAGGAUUUGAAGCUCGAAGUGUUGAGCUCGAGCGCCCUUCCUCCCACCUCUGGCAACUACCAGAAAGCGCUAAACCGCAUUCCCGCGGCAGUCGUAGCGCCAGGCCUUGCCACUGCCUUGCGCGGGCCGUCCAAGCCUGCUCAUUUCCAAGGCGGGCGCACGACUGCGAGUGAGCGCGACCAGCAAAAGUUUGAAAAGCAAGUCCAAGAGGAAAUGGCUGUUGUUGUCAAACGCGAAACCGAGAAGCUGCACAAGCCCAUUCCGAUGGACAAACUGCAAGAGGUGAUUGGCAACCGGCUGGUCAUUCUGCUGGACGAGAAUCGAGCCAUGGUGAGCCGGGCACCGCCGAAAUCGGCAGCAGCACCACCAGCUACUGCAGUGCCUCCUCCUACCCCGGAGGGCCAGCCCAAAUUGGAUGCGGCUGCGAAGGCAGAGCUCAAAGCAGCCGAGCGCGCCCGCAAGCUUGCCGCUCUUCGUGAAGCAGCAUACUCGGCCGCAGAGAUUGUGGAGCUGGCGCAGCAGCGCAAGUGCGACAUUUCGCUGAUUGACACCCAGCCCGAGCGCAUCACGUUGCAACUCGCAUCAACGGCCAUUUUCGAGAAGGCAGAGGCUGAAAUGAAAAACCGCCUCGCACAGGCCGAAAGUGCCAUCCGCACCAAGAUUCGCAACUUUAACAACCGAAAGGAGGUGCAGCUCACCAACUCGACCGCCGAGAAUGACUUGAAGCUCAAGAUUGUCCGCGCACGACGCUUCCUCAAGCGGGGAAACCUGGUCAUGAUUACGGUACUCUUCCGUCGCGCGAGAAAGCGCACUGCCAAGCCGUUCAACCGCCAAGACCAAGAGCGUCAGAUGAAGCUGAUCAUGGACGCCAUCUCGGAUAUUUCGACGACAGGCCCCGAGCACUUUGUCCUCAAAACAACCAUGAUGAGUUGUCUGUUUAUGCCAAACGAGAAGGCCAAGGACGCCGUGGUCAACAUUUACAAUCCGACUGAAGAGGAGGACGACGACGAUGACGACGACGAGGACGAUCUCGAGAGCGAAGACGAAGAAGACAGCAGCAGCGACGAUGACGACAGCAGCAGCAGCGACGAUGACAGCAGCAGCAGCAGCGACGACGACGACGACGAGCAAGGCCAAAAUGCACCCGCUGUUCAGUCGAACAAGAACGCCAAGAAGCAAGGCGGCAAAGCCCCCGCAGAAACCAAGCCCACCGAGAAGCCAGCCAUGUCCAAGUACCAGAUGAAACUCUUGCAACGACAGCAGGCGGGGUCGCAACCGCAGCAAGCCCAGUACCAGCCGCGCUCCUCGUCCAAGCAGUGAUUAUGAUGCCUGCCUGCGAGCUUGUUGCUGCCCACAAUAAACGAGAAUCAUUCAA